AUGUGGAGACAAAUCCUAAAGGUGAGGGAUUUGGUAUUGAGAAGAUUUGGGAAUGUGCACAACCAACUCAGAGCUAUUGCUAACUGUCACAGCAAUGGAAAAAUGAAAAUUUCAUCUAUCUAUAACACUAUCUCCCAAUCUUCAGCAGCUGUACCCUGGGCGAAGACAGUUUGGGGUGAUUUGCAUUAUCCCAAGCAUUCGAUAAUCCUAUGGCUUGCUACUCUAUCAAAACUUCUGACUAAAGACAGAUUGUGUCGUAUGGGUAUAUUGGAAAUCAACCAGUGUGUGCUUUGUGCUGAUUCUGUUAGUCAACCUUUUUCUUCUUAUGUUUGGAUUAAUCUGAUGGCAUGGAUGAAGUUUACUUGGAGAUCCUGCUGCUGGAGUCAGGUAAUGAGAUGGUAUAGCAACAAUUUGAGGGGUCUUGGAUUCAUGAAAAAACUCAAGAGAAUGAUGUUAUCUGGAGCAAUUUAUUGGAUAUGGAAGGAGAGAAAUUUGAGGAUUUUCCAACAAAGAACCCGCAGCCCUAACCAGCUUAUCAAGGAAAUUAAGAUUUCAUUACUCUUGAAAGCUCUUAAUGAUGAUGUUCCUGAAUACUUAAGAGAAGAAGUAGCAAAAUUGUAA